CAUGCAAUGCAAAAGCUGGAGGCAACGUUCGAGCGGAACCUCCGAAAACUGGACCGGAAACGCAGCGAGAAGAACCAACGCUACGGGUCAAGAAUGCGGGGACAGGGCGACGUGCCGCAAAUUUCGCUGGAGACGCUGACGGGGGGAAGAAAGAAGUACUCCAAACAGUCGUACAACUACGAUCCCAAUCUCAUCGAAGUUGGGUUGGCGAAGCUUGAAAAGAAAACGACGAUCGCACACAAAUUUGUCGAUCCUCGCGACCAAAGGCCCGAGCUCUGGAAGCCGAAGGAAGUUUGUCGUGAGUUCCAGAAAGGUUUCUGGUCCGAUAACUUCCUGCGAAAGCUGUACGAAUCGCUGAAGCAAUUCCGCAACCGAAAGGACAGCGAACGUACCGUGCCGCAGCAGUGUCUGAUCGUGGUGUCCUCUCCGACCGAUAGCCUGAUCGUCUCGCCGCUGACGGCGCUGUCACCGGAGAAGGAAAACGACACACUUUACCUGCAAGCGGUUCUGCUUCAGCGACUCCUUCGUGGCCGUGCAACGCAGGAACUGAUCCAUCGGGACUAUGCCUCCGAACACGAUCUCAUGGAAGACCUGAUAGCGUCCCACCGGUUGCCGGUAGUGGAAGAGUUCUUUCCCCACUCCGAGGUGCACGGUCGGGUACCGGGAGCCGGUGGUAGUGUGCGCGAGCGUUAUCUGCACAUUUUGCGCAACGAACAGCUGUUGGAUGAGUUCGUGGAAAGUAGCUCCCAUGCACAGAUGAGUUCACUGAUGGGGACACUCGAGCGAGAACUGACGCGUCUGCAGAAUGAACGCAAUACACAAGCGUUCUACAUGCUCGCCGAAAGGGAGCGCGGACGACGGGAGUCAGUGAGCGAGGAGGAACCCCGCACUGACCGGAAGUCGCUCGGGGUUGGCGUAGGGGAGGAGGUGGACAUCUAUCUGGAGAACGCGCUGCUGGAACAGCAACAGCAGGGAGACAAUGUGGAAGAGUGGCGCGAACGUGUCCACCAGCUGGCCCGUGAGUUCGACGAGGAAGCGGACCGUCGAAGCGACAGUGCACCGCUAGACCAAGUGACCGAUCCUGGAACGGGGACCGUUGACGGAUCGGGCAUUAUUGCGAGCUCGUUGGCUGACGAAAUGCUCCUCCCGGACAUAUUCCGGCGGGCGGCCCGCGAAAACAUUAAAUUCAAACAACGGCCUCUGCUGGCGAACGUUCACGAGUUGAUAUACAGCCGAAAGGACGAAGACACCGACCAGGAGCAGCCGGAUGUCCCGCUGCGUCCGACGGUGGAGGUGGUUAGUCCGACGACGGAGCCACCGCAACUGGAAGAGCGGCGCGUGGUAAAGGAGUUGCUUAGCGGUCUGAUCGAUCGUGCCGUUCAGCCACCGGAAUCGGCGUACUCGGAGAACGAAGUCGAAGAACUGCCGGAGGACGAGGACGAAGGUGUGGAGGGAAGUGAUUUCUUCGGUCUGGCUGAGGAUGGUGCGGAAAUGUAUGGUGGCGAGUUCGAUGCCGGGGCUGCGGAGGAAGAAGAAGUGGAACAGAUGGCCAACGAGAUGAUUGAAGAUAUUCUCAGUCGCGUGCUGGAUGUCACGGAUUAA